AACACCCAAGUAGAGUAGCUAUGGCCUAUGAGAUGGAUGCCCCCUUACCUAUGGAUGAAAAGGACACAAUUGAUGCUGCACAUAUGACUACUUCUUCCACUGUGGCCAUUCUGGGAUCUGGUGACCUCUCGCGGUCCUUGGCUAUGCGUCUGGUAGCAUGUGGGUUUGGUGUGGUGGUGGGGAGUCGUUGUGUCAAGCGCAUCUCUCCUGGUCUCUUUGUGGAUGCAGUGGAGCUGAGCAGUCAGGAGGCAGCAGUAGCAAAAGCCAACAGGCUGGUCUUUAUGGCCUUGUUCCCUGAGCACUAUCCAUCCCUGCUGGGCCUCAGGAGUGCACUGGCUGGAAAGAUUCUUGUGGAUGUGAGUAAUGCUGUAGCGAUGAACAGCAAGAGGCAAUCUAAUGCAGAGCAGCUUGCUGAGAUGUUCCCAGACAGUGUGGUCGUUAAAGGCUUUAACACAAUUUCUGCCUGGGCUCUACAGACUGGUGCGCAUGAUGGCAGCCGACAGGUGCUGCUGUGCAGUGACAGUGCAGGAGCAAAACAUGAGGUGGCCCAGCUCGCCCGGCGCAUGGGCUUCUACCCAGUAGAUGUUGGCAGUCUGUGUUUUGCACAGGAUCUUGAAAGAAAGCCCUUACAUCUCUUCCCAUCCUGGCGUGGCCCUGUAUUAGCCACCUUUCUGCUCUUCUUAUUUUUCUACUGCUAUGGAUUUAUCCGUGACAUUCUUCUGCCAUACUUAGUUCAUGGAAAAAACUCCUUUUACCGCCUGGUCCUUUCCCUACUGAAUGAAAGCUUGCCGUGCGUAGCGCUGGUCAGCCUGUCACUGGUGUACUUGCCAGGGCUGUUUGCGGCAUGGCUGCAGCUGUGGAGAGGCACCAAGUACCAGCGUUUUCCCAGCUGGUUAGAUACCUGGAUGUUGCGAAGGAAACAGCUUGGCUUGCUGAGCUUCCUGUGUGCUGCUCUGCAUGGAGUGUAUUGCCUCUGCUUUCAACUCCGUGCCAUCACACAACGCAGGCUGGUCAACACUGCUUACUCACAGGUGAACUUAGGUGUGGAGAUGCCGUGGGAUGAAGAGAGGGUAUGGCGCACUGAACUCUACGUGUCCACUGGAGUGUUAGGUCUGGGCAUCCUCUCACUGAUGUCUGUCACAUCUCUUCCCUCAGUAGGCAACAUCCUCACAUGGAGGGAGUUCACCUUUGUUCAGUCUGGACUUGGUUAUGCUGCUUUGACUCUCUCUGUCAUGCACACGCUGGUGAUCGGCUGGAAUUUUGCCUUCUCCUCCAAAGCCUAUGCAUUCUACAUGCCACCAAGUUACAUGCUAGCUGUGGCUCUGCCAUGUGCUGUACUGGUGUGCCGCUGUAUCCUGCUGCUGCCAUGUUUUUCUGCCAGGUUGACACGCAUACGCCGAGGCUGGGAAAGCACACGCAAAUGUCCUGUGUCACACCACAACCAACUGCAGUAUUUACAAACCAGGCUUUGACUAUAUAAUUAAAAACCCUCUGGACCAUUAUGCAUUUAUCCUACCCAGUCUAGGUAUUAAAAACAAAACAUAAGAAAACCUUUCCUCAACAAUUCAAGAAUUGCACCAUGACUAAAGUGUUGCUUUAUGAAAUUACAUCCACUUCAAAAUUCGCAUGUUGUAAACUGAUAGAGAUUGCUGUUCUUUUUUUUAUAUUUUUACAUCCAUCUCAACAGCCAAUGUCAGCCAUUCUCCAAUCCAAUAUCCUGUCACUAAAAGCUUACCUCUGCUGACCACAGUAAACAUUUUAUCAGUAAGGUUAUACCAUAAUCAGUGCUUGUUAAAGACUUCCUACAAUGCCCAUGCUAAGCCUUAUUACAGCAAUUAAAAAGUAUCUAGUGAUAGUUUACAAUGGUUAUAUGAGAGGAAAUGUGUUGUACAGUAUAUAGCCCCUUAAAUGAUAGUAACAUAGUUCCAACCUUUCAUCAUGCUUACUAAGGCUGUAAGUAUUUGUUCUGCUACUUAAUUUGAAUUAUAUCAAAUUAUACCCAUUUAUAAAGGAAAUGCAAUUACAAACAUGCAAUUGAUAUUUGCAUUUGCUACAUAGCUUAGGAAUUAAUGCUUUGAAAAUGCUGCAUUAUUAGCAGGUCACAGCUUAAAAUCUUAAAUGAUCUGGAAUUUCUACUUAAAAAAGAACUCACCUACAUAUACUAAUAAUGCUUUCACAUGUGUAGAAAUAAGUUGAAAUUCCAAAUAAAAUGCCAAAACUGGCAUACAUCAAUUUAUAUUUGUUUUGUUAAGCAAAUAAUAAGGACAAAGAUAUUAAGU